AUGCAGUAUCCAAGCAUUACAUCUCUCCAUGAAGCCCAGUGUAACAUGGAAGCCAGUGUCCACCAGCAGACAGGUGACACACUGUCGGCGUCAUCCUCCUCAACGCCAGAACUGGCAGUUGAGGAUGGCACUUUCGGUUUCCCUUAUUCCCCCUAUCCUUCCCAGAUAGUUUUCAUGGCUACACUAUGGGGGGCGCUUCAGGGAUGCAGCAAGCAGACAAAGCUUGCUGCACUCGAAAUGCCAACAGGAGGGGGGAAAACACUGUCAUUUCUUUGUCCAGCCGUGUUGUGGUUAAAAAGGAAUGAAGAAGAGUUGCUACUACAACAGCUGCAACAAGCUCAACAACAGCAGCAAACAUGUCAGGUGCCUCGGAGAAAAGCACCGCCGUGGAUUAAAACAGCACUACAGCAGCAGCAGAAACUACGAGUGCGACAAUUCUUAGCAGACAGAGAAGACUACUUGAAGAGGGCAGCAUCAUGGGCCGAUUCCGCUGCAGCAGCAAACACUCCUCAGCAGGCGCAGCACCAUGGGCAUUGGGAUUGCCAGAUUGGCAUACGUCGUAAGCGCCCAGCAGCAACCACUGACAAGCAAUCACAGCAACAGAAAGAGGCGGACUUUGAUGACCCUACUCCUGAUGAGUCUCCCCCUUCCGUACGCCUCGAAGCUAGCAACGCAUACAAAGAACAAUGGGGCGCUCCUAAUCGCGGUUACACUGAAAACCUCCAAAAGCCUCAAAUAGUUAUAUGCAGCAGGACGCACCAUCAGCUGCAACAGUACGUUGACGAAAUACGGCUUAUGCAAAAGCAAGGGAAGGUGGAAGAUGUCAAGCGCUUUGUUGCAGUUGUUGCAGCCGGCAGAAGACAACUUUGCAUACACCCAGAUGUGUGCAGCAGCGGAAACAGCAGCACUAGCAACAGUUGCAGCAGUGAUAUGGGGGACAAGUGCUCCUACUUAGUUUCAAAAGGCCUGUGUAGCUACUACAAAAGAAGGAAUUUUGUGGCAGACGCUGCUGUAUCUUCAGUUCUGGACAUAGAAGACUUGCGGCGUAUAGGCAGGAAAGUCGGCGGCUGUCCUUAUUACGGCUGUCGCGCAGCGUCGCCUGCAGCAGAUGUCCUGCUUCUGCCGUUUUCGCUUGCAUUCCCGGCUCAAGGAGAAGCGGCAGAGACUGGUCUUGUGGCCUUGACGAAUGCUGUCUUCUGUAUUGAUGAAGCUCACCAUCUCGCUGCUGCCCUCAGAAGCAGCAAAGCUGCUGCCAUUUCCCACGGAUCAGCAGCAUCUGCAGCGCGACUACUGAAUCUUUACGUGGACUACUACGGCAACAGACUAGCUCCGAGAUCUUUUCAUUUGUUGCAGCAGCUCGCUAGAUUCGCAGAAAAUAUUCACAAGGGAUUGCAGCCCUUCUGCUGCUGUGGACAGAAACAGCAUCGCCAGCCACAGUGGCAGGAACAGCAGCGAGGCAAAGUAGAUUUGAAAGAGGCAGGAGUUGAGUUGCUUGGUGACCCGCCACAGCCGUCAACAAUGCCAGUAGCAGGCAUAGAACUUGGCGCAUCGGAUACAAGAGCGGCAGAGCGUGCGAGCACGGUCCUCACCGCGACAUCUUUACUGCGCCGUCUGAAGCUCGACGGCUUCGACCUUCACGAGCUGGUGGCUUUUCUGUGCGACAGCAAUAUACGCAUCUGCCAGAAAAUAAGAGGAUUUGCAGUGCAACAGAAUCACACCCAACAGCAGCGACAGCUGGAAAACCGCCAAAAGUGCCAACAAAUGCAACAGAGGAAGAACCAGCCGCACGUGCAACAACAGAUCAUGGAGCCAUCUUGCAUGUACACACUAAAGAACUUACUGUGUGCGCUUUUGGCCAUGGACGUAGCCGACAGGCUUGUCAUAAGCAACUUACAUGAAACUGUAGCAUCAGCAGCGUCACCUGGUGUUGCUGCUUACCAGAGCGCAACUGCUGCAGCGGCAACAACAUCAGACAGUGGCAGCAGGUGCUGCUGUAGCAAGCUUGAAGUUGUCUGCCUGGCCACUGAGAAAGUUUUUGAGCCCAUUAUCAAAGCAAGUCGUCUGGUGGUGCUUAUGGGAGGGACUUUAUCUCCAUUUGCAUCUCUGUCACGGUUUGUGCGUUGCCUUUCCCCAUCUCAAUAUCUCUUCUUCUCGGCGGACUCCGUUGCAGCAAAGGAAAGAGUCUUAGCUCUUGCCGUGCCUAGGCUAUCUCUUGAUCAGUCUCCCAUGUGCUUUGAGUACUCUCAACGGAUGCAAUUUCCAUCGCAGUUUAUUGCCUUGCUGCGUCUACUACUUUCUGUCUCGGGAACAGUGCCUGGUGGGAUUGUUGUGUUUUUCCCUUCUUUCGCAAUGUUACAGUCCUUUGUAGCUGUUGCUGAUGCUGGCGGCAGUGCUGCUGCUUCAACCGCUCCGUCAAUUGUUGAAGAGCUACGAAGGCGAGGACCUUUACUCGUCGAAAAACGGAUGCCGGGAGCCACUAAAUUCAAAGCUGGUUUCUACAUGGCAUACGGUGCUAUCCUUUGGAAGCUCUACAAAUCUGCUGUUCUUGGAAAAGGCACAACACCGGAGUUUCGACAAGACAGCACAGACUGUACGAAGCAGUUGGACCAAAUGAGCGACGAGGAGGGCGGGAAGGGCUAUCCUUGGCAACAAUGUGCCACCGGACUAGCAGAACCCAAAGAAAAACCUCUCAGACCAAAAACAGCAUUCCUGUUUUGCGUUAUGGGUGGUCGACUGAGUGAAGGAGUGAACUUUUCAGAUGCUCUCGCCAGGCUUUUGGUAAUCGUUGGGCUCCCGUUCCCGUCUACUCAGGACACAAUAUUCCGCCUACAAGAGAAAUACUAUGACGAAAUAAUGAUGCGGCAGCAUGUGACUUCAGCAGGAGCUCAAGAGGCAAGGCAAGACUCACCGAGUGAAUUUAUAGGUGCCAAUAAGCAGGCAGACCUCCACAGGGAGCAGCAACAAACGCAGAAGCAUGUCGAGUACGGUUUACUGCAAUGCAUGAUAACAGUCAACCAGACAAUUGGGCGUGCUAUUCGACACAGCAGGGACUAUGCAGCAGUUCUACUGGUAGACAGGAGGUAUGCACUUCCCCGCAUACAAGAGCUUCUGCCGCGCUGGGUUGUCCAGAGUCUCGAUACGGUGAACCCAGUGUCGCAAGACCAGGAGCUACCCCUGCCACCUUUUAAAUCGGUGCGCUCUGCGGAAAAAGGCACUACUGAUGUCAUUCAGCAGAGGUUGAAGGUUUUUUUCGAGCCUUUGGAGAAGACGCUGUUCGCAAAGCUUCCCACUUGA